AUGAGUAAGGCGAUCGGUGACUCAAAACUGCUUGAGAAAAGGAUUCCUCGCUCGGCGAAAUGGUCGAAUGUGAGAGGACGGGUCGAUACAGGCGCGUCAAUGUCGAAGCACUUGGCGAAGGUGGAGGACAUUCAAGCCAAUUUUCGAAUUCAGAGGGGAGAGCUCUUCAAAAGACUCAAAUUGUCGACUUUUGCGGCGCUUGUUCUUGAGGUUGAUAAAGUGAACAUGAUGAACGAGUCGGAAGAAAACGAAGCUCCAGUGCAGGACGACAUCGUCGAACGAGUCGAAACAACUCCUCGCCAGCCAAAUUUCCUCGAUGUUAUCCGAGGAACCGGCGAGUUGAAUUUGAAAGAACAAAAUGAGAAUUUGAAACUUCCACCGAAACCAAAGUUGCCAAAAGAACACACUCCCUACUCCUCAACUCCAUAUUUACUCGUCGAUGUCAGAGAUUCUGACGCUUUUCAACAAUGCCACAUUAUCACUGCCGAGUCCUAUCCGCAUACCAACUUCUCCAGGACGAUGAAUCCAUUUAGCAAUCAGAUGCUUCAAUUCAAAAACCUGGAAGGGCACAUCAUCGUCCUCUACGACACAGACGAGCUAAUCGCCACCGAAUGUGCAACAACGAUGGCCCAGCGCGGCUUCGAAAACGUUUUUGUUCUUUCGGGAGGGUUACGCGUGCUCGCCCAAAAGUUGCCCAACGGACUUGUGACGGGCAGUCUUCCCGCGGAAGCGUUUAUGUCGCUCGAUGGAAAAACAAAAUUGAGAAGCGGUAAAACAAAAUACAAUCCCAAAAACAAGGUACCCGCCGAUAUGGCGCUAAAACGAUUCACACACGAGCAUCUUGGAGCCCUGUCUGAGGCCCUGGACGAGCUACUGAUGGCCCCUUCUGACGCCGGCAGUCGCCUUUCAAAAUCGAAAAUCGAUGGCGGGAGUACUCUCUCAUCGUAUAGAUACACGAGAUCGCGCAGUCGUGCCUCAUUGAUGACGACCACUUCAAAUUCGAAUAUCAAGCCCUGGAAAUAA